AUGUGCCUAAAUAAAAUAAUUACACAUCUAGCAUAUUUGCUAGGAUUUGCAAUCCUUAACAUGAGAAAUGUUGGUUGUGACUCGGGAAAGACAGAUCUCUCCGGAGUCAGUGAAAGUUUAGCCUCGACCGUCUCACUCUUCAUCUUCAUCCUGGUCUCGUCAUGCUUCCUACAGUUUAUAAUGUCCAAGAUAAACGAUAAAAUACCAAUCUCGCUGAUAUUGUUCGUCUACGGAAUGGUGAUUUACGGCAUUUUGAUGUCGUUUGAGGAGGAGAAGCUGCCGUUCACGUUUCUGAAAUGGCUGGCCUCGGUGAGAAGAAUAGACAAUUCAAUACUGUAUUUCAUCGCACUCCCGAUACUUUUGUACGAGGCGACACAGACGAUCGACUGGUACUCGUUUUGCAACUUUCUGCUGGCAGGAACGACGCUGGCAGUAGUUGGAGUUGUCCUGCAAGUUGGCAUUUUGGGGCUGCUGUUCAACUACACACUAGGGCUAGGGGAGAAGUGGUCGUUUACGAUCAGCUUUCUCCUGGCCUCGAUUCUGAGUUCCACAGACCCAGUGGCAGUGCUGUCGAUUUUGGGAGACACGAAUGCACCUAAUAAGCUAAUUACAAUGUUCAAUGGGGAAUCACUGAUAAACGAUGGUACCAGUGUGCUGCUGUUUCAGUUUUUUUACCUCUUGACGAUAGGGCAGUCCUCAUCGUUCCUGUACUACCUGGUGCUCUUCAUCAAGCUGCUAAUCGUAUCGCCAGUGCUGGGCGUGGUGUGCGGGACGUUCGUGAUAGUGUGGGUGUCCUUCUUCAGGAAGUGGCACGUGGUACAGAGCCUAAUAUCGGUGUCGAUGGGCUACCUGCUCUUCUUCUGCGCAGAGUACUACCUGAACGUGUCAGGGCCGCUCUCGAUAGUCUGCUACGGACUCUUCGUUAAGGCCUACGGGCUCAUAGCGUUCGACCGAGAGGCGCUGGAGAAGCACCACGUCCUCGUAGAGGGACUGAGCUACAUCUCUAACUACACGGUCUUCACAAUCAGCGGAAUUUUGACCAUAGGGAUGUUGAAAUCGCAAUUUUUGUUACCAAACAUAGGGAUGAAGAUACUCAAGUUGUUUGGAGUGUAUUUCUUUUUAAACGUAGCAAGGAUAAUAAUGUUGUUGUCCUUCAGGCCAGUGUUGGCGUACACAGGGUACAAAAUCAAUUUCAAAGAGGUGGUGCUGUUGCUUUGGGGAGGACUGAGAGGAGCCAUGGUGUUGGUGCUAGGACUGAGGUUGGAGAGCGACAGUAAAAUCGAGAACGCAACGAGCGACUUGAUAUCGUUCUACAUAUCAGGGAGCAGUAUGCUUAUACUGGUGCUGCAAGGAUUCACGUUCGACUGGCUCUUUAAGUCGCUGAACCCAUACCCAAUGAGCCGGCAGAGAAGAGAGCACCUAACGAGGACGAUGGCCUCAAUAGAUCGCAAGUACGAGUCGGAGAUUGAAGGCCUGAAGACGCACUGGCUGUUUAGGAACUCAGACAUAGUGUCGAAGGCAGGCUCGGCAGUGCCGUCUCUGGCAGACCUGAGGUGGGAUAAGAUGGGAAGGCUUGUGUACAGACCGAACACAACUAAGCUGGAGGACCUGGUGGAGAUACUGACUGGCAACAAGCUGCAGAUGAAGUUGGAAAGUUCGCUGAGCUAUUUGCAAAUAAAGACGGAUUCAAGUCUGCAAAUGACGCCAAGAGACAGUUUUAUAGUCAAUGCAGUUGAAAGCCUAGAAAAAAGGGAAGGGGACCCUGUGGAGGAGCCAGAAGCAGAGGAAGGGGACCUGAAGAAAGAGGAUGAAACGUACGUAACGAUAUUCAACGCACUGUCAUACAUCUACGGAGAAAUGUACAAAAACGACUUCAUCGACGGAAAGUCACUUCUGACACUGCAGACGUGCCUGAACAUAUCGCUGGAUUUUGCAAUAAAUAAACUAAAUCAGCGUUCAAUUUCAGCCUGGAAGACGCUGAUGAAGACGAGCGACGUGGAAACGAGAAUGAUCUACGACAUAGAAAACUGGGAUGAGUUGACGAAGCUGGAGAAAAUGAACGGCUUUGAAUUUGAAUGGUUUGUCCUAAAAAGCACGAUGGAGGAAAUAGUAAGGAGAAAGUUGAACUUCGUUAAAAGGACAAACGUGUCGUUCAUACUCGACCUGACGCUGGCAUACAUAGAGGCGCACGAAAAGCUCUUCAGUAAAAUGGCAAGCUCACUGGAAAACAUAAUGGCAAAUGAACUCUUCCAAAGCUCCUUUAAGCAGAUCAACAACGCUAAAAAGUACGUCUUCACGAUCAAGAGUAGGAUGAACACCAGGUUCUACUACUGUAUGCUGAGGAAGACAGCGAUAACAAUGAUUAACCUGAAGAAGGAGGUGGUGGACGGGCACUACGUGAACGGGAUGCUGCUGAGGGAAGAUAGGAACCAGGUCAUCAACGUGCUGGACCAGGAGCUGUACAAGAACCUGAAUAAGACGAACUUCGUGAAAAUGAUAAAGAACCUGUUCAGGAAGUUCUUCUACCUGAUCACCUUCAACAAGAAGAUGCACACGACGGCAACUCCACUGUAA